UGAUACUAUUUUAACGUAGUUGAACAGUUUCAGAUGAAACGAAUAGUGUUGUGGCCCUACGUUUAUCACCAACUUUGGAUAUCGAAAGUGAAGCAGUCCAAAUUUUAAUAUUGGAAUCUGUUCUGCAAUAUGAGAACAAUGCCAAUACAUUUAAGAAUGUAAGGAUAUGAAUGAUUACCAACUGUUUGAUUUGAGGUAUAAAAGCCAGGAAUGUUGAAAAUAUUUUAUAGUCAUCAAAUAAUCUGCAGAUAUGAAUGUCUCGGUAUAUUUGGUAUUUUCUAUGUUGUUCGCGAUUGUGAAUUGUUUGUCAUAUCCACAGCGACAAGAGAAGUAUCCAAAACCACAAUAUCCAAACUACAGGGAGUCGAAAAUAGUGAAACAUGAGAAUAAUAUGGGGUUGUCAAAUUAUAAUUUCUCUUACGAAACCAGUGAUGGUUCUCAGCGACAGGAGGAGGCAGAAUUGACAAAUGCAGGUAGUGAAAAGGAGGCAUUGGUCGUUCAUGGUUCGUAUACUUAUGUAGGAACAGAUGGAGUUACAUACAAAGUUACAUACGUUGCCGAUGAGAACGGAUAUAGAGCAUCAGGAGAGCACUUACCAAGAAAUAUUUGAAGUUUUUCAUAUAUGAUACGAUAUGAGUUUGAACGGUGUAUAUAUUGAUGUUUAUUUUUUGUACAUGCUGAUAGAUGCUAAUAAAUA